AUGAGUCGACAGCCAUCAGAAAAAAGUGUGCGUGACCGGGAGGCUGAGGAACCGAGAUCCCUCGUUCGCCUGAUGGAAGAAGGUCAUAUCAUAUCUAUUCUUCCUUUUUUCCCUUAUCGAAACCUUUGUCUUCUUUUUUUUCUAGGACUUGAUAGCGUGACCUUUUCAUAAGAUUCGCAAACGUUUCCCAGUCAUAUCAUUCUUUCUCUAUCAUCUCUCAUCAGCUUUCCGUUAUAAGAAAAAGGGCGAAACGGCGACAGUGUAAUCUAGCUUCGUUUUGUAGUAUCAGGAGAAAAAAAAGCAACAGAAGCUUCGCAAAUGCCCCUUGGCGCAUGGCACGCCGCAGUUAUUGAUCGCUGUUUGGCCGUCCCUGCGAACACCCGUUGCUGCUUCAAAUCCUCUGUUUUUUUUAUUUUCAGCUCUCAAGAUGGAUUCUCAUCAAGACGAUCCGUUUGCGGAGCUCUUGGCGCAUGAUUCAGACUACGACUCUAUUCAGAGCUUUCUCAUCGGCUCGGUUCGUUUUUUCUUUAAUCGGUUUCCCACACGCGAAUGGGAGGGUUGUCCGAAAAAUUUUAAUUUCUGGUUGUUGUUCCAAUCUUUGCACGCGAAAUUUCGCGAAAAUUCUUUCCGCUCUCCAUAAUUUCCACAGUUUUUGGUAAUUAAUUGCUCUUUUAAAUGUUUUCUGUACGGGUACUAUUUAUUUGAUAUGGUGACGUCACAAGUUAUUCUCUCAUAAUAUGUCUCUAACUUUUCUUCUCAAGGGUCCAACAACUUCUGAUGCUCAACAUAUCUAUCAUACUGCCUACAAUGAAAAUCAGCAGGUGAUAAAAGUUGAAAUUUAGCAACAAUUGUCGGUUUGAGGUUGCCAUGCCGACGACCACACUUCCGCGGUACGUGGGGAGCAUUGCCGGACCUUCUGAGGCCUACUACGACUAUUUCCCGGAUUCGCGGGACAUCUGGGAGCCAAGUCAUCACCAGAACCAUCCGAUAGGUACAGGCAUCCUGUAAAAUGAUCUUAUCUAUCCAGAAAUUUUUUUUAAAACAUUGUUCAUAAUUUCAAGGUUUUUUAGCUCUUCAGUAACAUUGAAGUAAAAUAAAAAUCUCAAUCAAAAAAGGUUGGAAAAGUUGUUUUUCAAUGAUUUUGAAACAUCCAAUUUUCUGAUACAUUAUUAUCAAACUAACAGGAAUUAAAAGGCAAAAAACUAAUAAUCAAGGUACGAAGUAUUUUUUUUUUACGUAGUAUUGAAAGUGCCACUCUUGAGAAAGAAAAUGAGUAGAUUGAGAAAAAUAGAGAGCUCAAAAGGCGGCAUCAAUGUUCCGUACUUCAUGACCUAGAGAAAAAAAAUUAUUCGAAGAAGUGGAAUCUGAUGAUGGAUAAUAAAAAAAAACCAAGAAAAAGAUUUAUGAAACAUUUUCCGCAAUGAUGACUCGGAUGUUGAAAAAAAAAUCUUUGAGGCCAUCACAGUUCAAAAAAAACUUUAACCUUAAUCCUAAAUUGAUAGUUUCAAACUCCAUAUUUUCAGUCAGUCAACCGGAUGGAUCCCAGUUGGCCGUUCUAGGAGAGACUUCGAUGGAUCACUCACACGCAGGGUGAUUCUUCUUUGCAAUCGAUGAAAUAUAUCCAAAAUUUAGGCACAUGGGAUACAUGAACCCUCCCCAUCACGGCAACCACUACGUUGAGAAUAUCCACGACGAUCAGUUAGUUCCUUUUCUCUCCAAUCUUUCAAAUCAUCGCUUUUCAGUUCUUGGAUCGACAAUAUCGAUGUCCAGCCUUUGACGUCUUCAGGUAGCUUUUUUUUUGCAUUUUUCUAGAAAACUAGCCUUUGGAACUGCAGGUCACAAUAUCAGCUCCGAUGAUCCAUUCCAUCUCAUUCAACAUUCCAACGACCUUGAAGAAAUCGAUGGUCGGAAAAAAUCUCGGUUUCUGCUUUCAUAAUUUUACUGUUUCAGUUUUCCCGCAGCUGCCGCCUCAAAGCGUCACUUUCAUUCUGCCUUCCCGUAAACGCGCUGCUUCCGAUUCUGAUGACAUGAGACAGACCAAAUACACUAUCGUCGAGAACGAUGACGGAAAGCCGGUGAAUUUUUUUAGGACAGCUGAAUUUUUGAUUAAAGUCUAAUUAAAAAAACAUAAAACUUGCUUACACUUUUUUUGAAAACUGAAAAUUUAAGCUGAAGUUUGAAGAUAUAUUUACCGAAAAGUUUGAAGUUUUUAGGAAAUGAAUAGCAAAAGUUGAAAUUUUUUUCAUCGAAAAUAAAGGAUAAAAAAAUGCAAGUAAACCAUUUUUUUCCACUCAAUUUAUGAUGUGAAAGGCCGGAAAUUCUCCUCUCAAAUUUUUAUCAGCUAUAACUUUGAUUACCUAUCAACUAAAUUAAUAGAAAACAUCAGCUAAAUAGAAUCGAUGUAAUUGAUUUUUUUUUUCCAGAAGCCAAAGUCUAUCCUCAAGAAAAGAACGAACGUUCUGAAGGCUUCUAGAAAGCUGACAUUCGCUGAUGAAAAAGGCCUGGCUCUUCGACACUUCAAAGAAAUCCCGACGAACGAAGGAGGUGAAUGUUUGCUUCAAACCGAAAAGAGGUAGAAAUAGAUACAUUCCACAGUUUUUAAAACACUAAUUAUAGAUGGUACGGUUUGCAGGCCGCCAACACACCCCCGAAGAAGUGCGGACCUUCGAGUCGGUGAUCGAGCGUUACGUGCCAGCGGAAGAACCUUCAGCACCUAUCAAUGCUCUGUAA